GAGAGAGGGAGGGAGGGAGAGAAAGAAAUGGAAAUAUUUACAUGCACAAAAAGAAGAAAAAAAUCAAAUGAAUUAAAAAUCAAGUGAUGGAAAUUAACUGCGACAAGAGCUUUUGCUCUGUUUCACUUGAUGAAAAUGCAUUGAUCUCCCAUUCUGUAGUUGUGCUGUGCCCUGACAUAUUACUAGAAGAUGAUAGGAGUCUGAUGAGUAAAAGCAAUGGAGAAUUGUGCCAUUAGCAAGUUAACAGCUUGAUCUCUGUACCCUGUGGUUUCCAAGGGCCUCCCAUGCAUGAAGUGUGACAGCUUGUACAGCAAUUUGCCAGAAAAUGUUUUGCACUCAGAGACAUGGACAGCGGUCCACAAACUGAAAUCGGCAAAUUAAUUGUAGUAAUUCUUUUAAAAUUCCUUUUGCUUUAACAAACACUGGGACCACCAAAUCUUUCCCACUUGGGGCCUCAGAGCCAUCUGCUGACUGUUAUAAUCUCAGGCAGACUGGCAGCUGAAGACAAAUGAGAGAUAAUUGAGUCAUACAUCAUCUUGCAGUUUUAUUUUAGGUUACCUGGGCUGAGUAAGGCUGCAGAGUUGACCAUUCUUGUAGUCCCAUAGAUGUAGCUCAGCCAUUAAAUGUCUGGUUUUCUAUUUUCCUCGACUGCUGCUUUAUGGUAUCAUAGAAAUAGAAAUAAAGCUGUUGAUGAAGAUUAAUGCAUUGGCCUUUGUAAAACAAGAAACAGCAGUUAAGGCUAAUUAGUGUAAUGUACUUCAGUGAGUUUCCAUAUGUACAAAUAUUACUCUGUACAUUUAAUGUUUGUCAGAAUAUGAUUUUUAGACUUUAGUCCUUUUAUGAAUUGUCAAGGAAUAUGCUUGCUUUUUCAAAAGCGAUACGGUCAACCACACACGACAAAAAACAAAUAGUAAAUACGCAGUAUCAUUACAUGCCAGGACUUCCUUAUAAUACCUUAUAAUACCGUUAUAAUACCGUUAUCAUAUAAUGUUAAUUUAAGAAGUUCGUGGAGGUAAAGUUUUCUGGCCCUGUUCUCCCACUUUAGUUGUCUGGAACCGCCUCACAGAAGGUUCAAGGGACUUUUCUGAACAAUGUGCAUUCCCGUUUUUGCUUUCAAAGAUACACAUUCACCAAUCAUUGCCUCUGUAAUACUUUCUGUAGAAAUCGCAUUAAUCACAUGAUGGUUAUGGAUACCAUGAAGUAGACAGAACCUUCUGAAUUACAUUCUUUGUUUGGUUUUUGUCCACCCAAUUGUCUCUAAUUAAUUAUAUUCUAGAAUAGGAGUGGCUAGUCUGUAAUCACAGUCUGAUUUCAUGUGAGUGACCGGGGGGUGGGGAGGGAGAUAAAGGUUUGGCAUCACUCCAUAUCUACCUAGGACAGGCCUGUGGCCCCUGACCGGUUACCCCUGAGGAAAUGUAGUGUCCUCCAUACCUUGUAGCUUUUCGAGAAAUACUUCUCUUGGAUGUGCUGUUUCUCAAACCAGCUUCCAUGCAAUUUGAAAACAGAAGGCAUGGUUCCAUUGUGGUGUGCACAGUUCAGGAAGCUUUUGUGCACCUGCUGCCGAUGGUGCAUGCAUAAAUGAAAGUGUCAGUCACUCAGAGUUUAACAUGGGAAAAUAAAUCAUUGUGUGAAGACAUCCCCACACCUGCUCAGGUGGGAAAAGCAGUGGAAGAAAGUGACUUGGAAAUGCUGGGUGUGUUUGUGUGUUAGAGACAGAGAGAGAGAGAGAGAGAUUACUUCUCAUCAUUGGACAUCUACACAGAUGGAACUCUUGGUCAAUUGGGUUUCCCAACUGGCUUCACCACUGAAAUCAAUGGGAAUGUUAUUGCAAAUAUGGGAGCACAAUCUGCACCUCAGAUUUCUGUUGUAUAGAAGAAGCUCCUGUAUCAAACUGUGCAAAUACAUGGGGGUUAGAUCCGUAGGUUCUAAUGGUAUGUACCUUCCUUGAAGGAAAGGCCUUCCAACAGAAGGGGACUUUUCCAGUCCUAGUUUUUCUAUAUGCAUUGGGUCAGAUUGCAGCAUUUAGGGAAUCACUCAUUUUGUUUUGUUUGUGCAGUGCAUGCUUUAAUUAAACUUUCCAGUGAAAACAAUAAACUACGGUAAUAAUAAUCAGAGAAAAAUGGAAGGUCUGUUUUUCCAUAGUCAUUUGUUUUCCUUUAAGGAAGGGAAGAGCUUAUAAUUGUGAAAUGCCUGCUUUCUAAAGGACUUGGAAGUCCAAAGCAAAAGAAUUAUCCACAUUUUGUACUAAUUUUAGUAAAAUCCGUAUUUCACAGUGACACUGAGGGAAAUUGCUUACGAUUUUUACCAGUCAGUAAAUGGGAGGAAGACAAAGCAAAUCCUUAUGUAUUGUAUUUUCAGGAAUUAAAGAAGUUGGCACAGUGACCUAAUUAACAUUUAACAGAUUUGUAAGAAGGCACUCCUGAGCAGAUAAUACAGAUAGAGGUGUGUGUGUGUCUGUGUGUAGCAGAUAUAUAUAUCUGAGCAUCUAUAAUAAUAGUAAUAACAAUAACAAUAAUUAAUAAAAAAAUAAAUUUCUCACCCAUCCUUCACUCUUGGGUCCCAGGGCAAGCUACAUCAAUACAAAAAUGCAAGAAUAACAUCAGUUAAAACAAUCUACAGUCAAAAGUAUAGGGUGGAUCCUUAAAAAGUGUGUGUGUGUGUGUUUGUGUGUGUGUGUUUUUUAUACUAACUAGCAUUGUACUCGUUCCCUAAAUUCUAUUCCAGAUUCUGUGCAUUCUGCUUAAGGGUUUUUCUACAGAUUCUGUGAUAAUUGGUUAAAUCAGAUUUAACAAUGCAGUCAGAUAAACAGUUGUGGUAGCUGCUGCCAUAGCAACAUCAUCGCGCUCACCCUCUCUGUGCCUGGUCUUCUUUCCUCCGUCCUACCCUCCCCCUCCCUGCUCACACAGCCCUCCUCCUCUCCAGCAAGUGACACAUUUGCUAAUGCUCUGUGUGUUUGAGAGGGUUUAAUGGCAACGCUCUUUGCAUUGAAGACUAUUCAAAAUGAUGAAUGAGGAAGCAGCUCAGAAGAGUGAUGGUGGAGAGAAGUAUAAUGGAAGUAAUCAGAGGAAGAAAAGACCCAAGAAGUCUGACAGCAAUGCAAGUUUCCUCAGAGCUGCCAGGGCUGGCAAUCUGGACAAAGUUGUGGAAUAUCUGAAGGGAGGAAUAGACAUCAAUACAUGUAAUCAGAAUGGACUCAAUGCUCUACACCUGGCUGCCAAAGAAGGCCACGUGGGACUGGUUCAGGAAUUGCUGGAAAGAGGUUCUGCAGUGGACUCUGCUACUAAGAAAGGCAAUACUGCAUUGCAUAUUGCAUCCUUGGCUGGGCAGGCUGAAGUUGUCAAAGUCCUAGUGAAGGAAGGAGCCAAUAUUAAUGCACAAUCUCAGAAUGGCUUCACUCCUUUGUACAUGGCAGCUCAAGAGAACCACAUUGAAGUAGUGAAAUAUCUUCUUGAAAAUGGAGCCAACCAGAGCACUGCUACUGAGGACGGCUUCACUCCAUUAGCGGUUGCAUUACAGCAAGGACACAAUCAGGCAGUAGCCAUCCUUCUAGAGAAUGACACUAAAGGGAAAGUCCGGUUGCCGGCAUUGCACAUUGCUGCCAGGAAAGAUGACACCAAAUCAGCGGCUCUUCUGCUCCAGAAUGAUCACAAUGCUGAUGUUCAAUCUAAGAUGAUGGUGAAUAGGACAACUGAGAGUGGAUUCACACCUUUGCACAUAGCAGCACACUAUGGAAAUGUUAAUGUAGCAACACUUCUGCUCAACCGAGGAGCUGUUGUAGACUUCACAGCAAGGAAUGGAAUCACCCCACUGCAUGUGGCUUCCAAAAGGGGAAACACAAACAUGGUGAAGCUCUUGUUGGAUCGUGGAGGGCAGAUCGAUGCCAAAACCAGGGAUGGACUGACUCCACUUCACUGCGCUGCACGAAGUGGACACGACCAGGUUGUAGAACUGCUCCUAGAACGGGGUGCUCCACUGCUUGCUAGGACCAAGAAUGGACUCUCUCCGCUUCAUAUGGCUGCCCAAGGUGACCACGUGGAGUGUGUCAAACACCUACUGCAGCACAAAGCUCCUGUUGAUGAUGUCACGCUGGAUUACUUGACUGCCCUCCAUGUUGCUGCACACUGUGGCCACUAUCGUGUCACCAAACUUCUGCUGGACAAGAGAGCAAAUCCAAAUGCUCGUGCUCUGAAUGGUUUUACUCCACUGCACAUUGCUUGCAAGAAAAAUCGCAUUAAAGUCAUGGAACUGCUGGUGAAAUACGGGGCUUCUAUCCAAGCUAUAACAGAGUCGGGCCUUACACCAAUACAUGUGGCUGCAUUUAUGGGCCAUUUGAACAUAGUUCUCCUACUGCUGCAGAAUGGAGCCUCUCCAGAUGUCACUAACAUUCGUGGUGAAACUGCAUUACAUAUGGCUGCUCGCGCAGGACAGGUGGAAGUGGUGCGCUGCCUCCUGAGGAAUGGUGCACUAGUUGACGCCCGAGCAAGGGAGGAACAGACUCCAUUGCAUAUUGCCUCUCGCUUGGGUAAAACAGAAAUUGUCCAGCUGUUGCUGCAGCACAUGGCACACCCAGAUGCUGCAACUACUAAUGGGUAUACACCGCUGCACAUCUCUGCCCGAGAAGGUCAAGUUGAUGUAGCAUCAGUUCUUUUGGAAGCAGGUGCAGCACACUCUUUGGCUACCAAGAAAGGAUUCACACCACUGCAUGUGGCAGCUAAAUAUGGAAGCAUUGAUGUGGCGAAACUCCUGCUGCAGCGUCGUGCAUCUCCUGAUUCAUCUGGAAAGAAUGGCCUCACCCCCCUCCAUGUUGCUGCUCAUUACGACAACCAGAAGGUGGCCCUACUGUUGCUGGAGAAAGGUUCUUCCCCCCAUGCUACUGCCAAGAAUGGAUAUACCCCUCUACAUAUUGCUGCUAAGAAGAAUCAGAUGCAAAUAGCCACAACCCUGCUGAACUAUGGAGCAGAGACCAAUAUUUUGACCAAACAAGGAGUGACUCCACUUCACCUGGCCUCUCAGGAAGGUCAUGCUGACCUGGUGAACUUACUUUUGGAGAAAGGAGCUAAUAUCCACGUGGCCACAAAGAGUGGAUUGACAUCUUUACAUUUGGCAGCUCAGGAAGAUAAAGUGAAUGUAGCGGAUAUGCUGAUAAAACAUGGGGCAAACAAAGAUGCCCAGACUAAGCUGGGUUACAGUCCAUUAAUAGUGGCUUGUCACUAUGGGAACGUCAAGAUGGUCAACUUUCUCCUGAAGCAGGGAGCUAACGUCAAUGCAAAGACAAAGAAUGGUUACACUCCUCUGCAUCAAGCUGCUCAGCAAGGUCACACACACAUCAUCAAUGUUCUUCUCCAACAUGGGGCCAAACCAAAUGCAAUCACUGCGAAUGGCAACACUGCUUUAGCAAUUGCUAAGCGUCUGGGAUAUAUCUCAGUGGUUGAUACAUUAAAGGUUGUAACCGAGGAAGUGAUUACCACCACAACUACUGUAACUGAGAAACACAAGCUCAAUGUACCUGAAACUAUGACUGAAGUCUUGGAUGUGUCUGAUGAGGAAGCUUUUAAACACUCUGACUAUGAUCAUUUCACUGAUGAGGAUGCCUUUAGUGAUGCAGGUGAUGACACUAUGACAGGAGAUGGGGGAGAAUAUCUUAGAGCGGAAGAUCUGAAAGAAUUAGGUGACGAUUCCUUACCCAGCAGCCAGUUCUUAGAUGGUAUGAACUACCUGAGGUACAGCCUGGAAGGAGGCCGAUCUGACAGCCUACGAUCCUUCAGUUCAGACAGGUCCCAUACGCUGAGCCACGCCUCCUACUUGAGAGACAGCGCCAUGAUUGAUGACACGGUUGUUAUCCCCAGCCACCAGGUAUCCACAUUGGCCAAAGAAGGUGAGAGAAAUUCAUAUCGCUUAAGCUGGAGCCCUGACAACCUGGACAAUGUCACUCUUUCUGCUAGCCCCGUUCAUUCUGGCUGCCUGUCUUCAAAAAAGGAUAUUGGAUCACUGCUAACAAGCCACUCAUCUCCAUGUUUUGACCAUGACAACAGCAGUUUCCUCGUGAGUUUUAUGGUGGAUGCUCGAGGUGGUGCUAUGCGGGGUUGCAGACACAAUGGACUUCGAAUAAUUAUUCCACCCCGGAAGUGCACUGCUCCAACACGAGUUACCUGCCGGUUGGUCAAACGUCAUAGACUGGCCACAAUGCCUCCAAUGGUGGAAGGAGAAGGUCUGGCUAGCCGUUUAAUUGAAGUUGGGCCUUCUGGUGCUCAGUUUCUUGGUAAACUUCACCUGCCUACGGCUCCUCCCCCACUUAAUGAGGGAGAAAGUUUGGUCAGCCGAAUCCUUCAGCUGGGGCCUCCAGGGACCAAAUUUCUUGGGCCUGUGAUUGUCGAGAUUCCUCACUUUGCGGCUCUACGUGGUAAAGAAAGGGAGCUGGUGAUCCUGCGCAGUGAGAAUGGAGACAACUGGAAGGAGCAUUUCUGUGAAUUUACAGAGGAUGAGCUGAAUGAAAUCCUAAAUGGGAUGGAUGAAGUCCUUGACACACCAGAGGAGCUGGAGAAGAAACGUAUUUGUCGUAUCAUCACUCGGGACUUCCCACAGUACUUUGCAGUGGUGUCCCGGGUCAAACAAGACAGUAACCUCAUUGGACCCGAGGGCGGUGUGCUAAGCAGUACAGUAGUACCUCAAGUACAGGCUGUCUUUCCAGAAGGAGCACUAACCAAGCGAAUUCGUGUUGGUCUUCAGGCUCAACCUAUGCACAAUGAGCUUGUAAAGAAGAUUUUAGGCAACAAAGCCACAUUCAGCCCUAUUGUCACAUUGGAACCCAGGAGAAGAAAAUUCCAUAAACCAAUAACAAUGACUAUCCCUGUUCCUAAAGCCUCUAGUGAUCUGAUGAUUAAUGGAUAUGGGGGUGAUACACCUACUCUAAGACUACUAUGCAGCAUAACAGGCGGAACAACACCUGCUCAGUGGGAAGACAUCACAGGAACAACACCAUUAACUUUUGUCAAUGAAUGUGUUUCCUUCACCACAAACGUAUCUGCCAGGUUUUGGUUGAUAGACUGUCGACAGAUACAGGAAUCUGUUACGUUUGCUUCCCAAGUAUACAGAGAGAUUAUCUGUGUGCCCUACAUGGCCAAAUUUGUAGUGUUUGCCAAAUCACAUGAUCCUAUAGAAGCCCGAUUAAGAUGUUUCUGCAUGACGGAUGAUAAAGUGGAUAAAACGCUAGAACAGCAAGAAAACUUUGCUGAAGUUGCCCGAAGCAGAGAUGUAGAGGUAUUAGAAGGAAAGCCCAUCUACGUGGACUGCUUUGGGAAUCUAGUACCACUAACAAAGAGUGGCCAACAUCACAUAUUCAGUUUUUAUGCCUUCAAAGAAAAUAGACUUCCAUUGUUUGUCAAGGUCCGAGACACAACACAAGAACCUUGUGGGCGCUUGUCAUUUAUGAAGGAGCCGAAAUCUUCUAGAGGCCUCGUACAUCAAGCCAUCUGCAAUCUGAAUAUCACAUUGCCAAAUCACACAAAGGAAUCAGAAUCAGAUCAAGAACAGGAAGAAGAGACUGACAUGACAUCAGAAAAACAUGAUGAUGAAACAGAAUCUACAGAAACAUCUGUCCUGAAAAGUCACCUUGUCAAUGAAGUCCCUGUCCUAGCCAGCUCAGACUUGCUAUCCGAAGUCUCUGAGAUGAAACAAGAUUUGAUUAAAAUGACUGCCAUCUUGACCACAGACUCAGCUGAAAAGUCAGGCUCCAUUAAGGUGAAGGACCUUGUGAAAGCUGCCGAUGAAGAGCCUGGAGAACCAUUUGAGAUUGUGGAAAGAGUUAAGGAGGAUUUGGAAAAAGUGAACGAAAUCCUGAGAAGUGGAAGCUGUCCAAAAGAAGGGCCAGUUCUUCAAAGAUCCAGUUCUGAGAAAGAGCUGGUGGAAGAAGAAUGGGUCCUUGUAAGUGAUGAAGAAAUAGAAGAGGCUAAGCAGAAUGCUCCACUGGAAGUUACCGAGCCUGUUUGCACAGAAACUAGAAUAGGCAAAGGGAAAACAGAGAAAGAAAAGACAGACAUGGCGGGAAUGAUCGAUCAUCUCAGCCAAGAUCUAAAAGAUUACAUGUCGCUUAAUGAAAUGCAGCCUCAGACAUUACAGGAAGACAUAGUAGAAGAGAGAUUUGAAGCUGUGGUUUUAAGCAGGGGCUCUGAAAAAAGUGGGGGAAGCCAAGAGAAGAAGCAAGUCCAGCAAAAGCCUACCUUGGAAAUUAAAAAACCAGUUAGGAAGAAAUUAAAAGAUAAACAAAAGCCAAAGGAUGAAGAAACCAAAGGAAAGAAAGAACAUUCGGGACUAACAAAGUUCAGCUCAGAUGAGUCUUUAGAUGAAGAGGUAGGGUUAGCACCUGCAGAGCCUUCUAAGGCAACAGCUGUGUCUCCUGUUAUAGAAGAAACUCCUAUUGGCUCAAUCAAAGAUAAAGUGAAAGCCCUUCAGAAGAGAGUGGAAGAUGAGCAGAAAGGGCGUUCAAAAUUGCCUGUUCGCACCCCAGGAAAAGAAGGGGCAACCGAGAAGUCUGUUGCAAAGCUAUCACAGCCUAAAAAAAUUAUUUACAAAGCGAAACCCCCAUCUUCUCCCUCUGCCUCAAAAACGCCAGCUUCCCCCUCUGCCUCAAAAAUACCAGCUUCCCCCUCUGCCUCAAAGACUGCAGCUUCCUCGCCUGCCUCAAAGAUUCCCGCUUCCACCUCUGCCUCAAAGACUGCAGCUUCCCCCUCUGCUUCCAAACUCUCCUCUCCCUCUACUAAGAAGCCAGCUGUUUCUCCCACAACUAAGAAGCCAGCUGUUUCUCCCACAUCUAAAAAGCCACCCAUUUCUCCCACAUCUAAAAAGCCACCUGUUUCACCCACAACCAAGAAGCCGCCGGUUUCACCUUCUUCUAAAACAGAGAGACUUGAAGAAACUAUGUCUGUUCGUGAACUGAUGAAAGCCUUCCAGUCAGGUCAAGAUCCAUCAAAGCAUAAGGCUGGACUUUUUGAGCAUAAAUCUACGAAACAGAAACAGCAGGUCUCUGAGAAAGAGCCGGCUAAGAAAGGAGCUGCUCAGACAGACACUGAAAAGAAGCCGACAAUGACACAAAGAGACACACACAAAAAAGAUAGUCCAAAAGGUAAAAAGAGCCAGGAACCUCAGGCAGAGGCAGGCUUGCAGUCUAAGAAAGAGGCACAGGGCGCUCUGAAGAAAGAUUUAGCCAUGCAGCAGGCAAAGCAGCAGAGUAGCAAAACUGCAGAAAAAGAUUUUCCAGCAACUGAUGAUGAAAAUGCAAAGGGUGUGACCCUGACAUUUGAUGACCAAGGGGAUACUGACCUUCAAAUCAGCCCAGACAGAAAGACGUCCACAGAUUUUUCUGAUGUCAUAAAGGAAGAGCUUGAGGAGAAUGAUAAAUACCAACAGUUCCGGCACAUUUCAAUUACCGAGGAAGGUGAGCUUCACUUAGAUCAAGUACUGACCAGUCCAUUCAAUGUUACAUUUCCAUCAGAAUAUGUGAAAGAUGGUUUUUUGCCCGCUCUCUCCUUGCAAAGUGGUGCUCUGGAUGGCAGCUCAGAAAGCCUUAAACAUGAAGGCAUAGCAGAUUCUCCAAUUGGUAGCCUGCUCGAUGGGACCCCUCAGGUCAGCUCUGAGGAAAGUUAUAAGCAUGAGGGAUUGGCCGAAACUCCAGAAACGAGCCCCGAGAGCCUCUCUUUUUCACCAAAGAAAACAGAAACUGCUGACCAGAUGGAAGAAACAGAAUUAGCCAGUACAGUACAGAGAACAGCAGAGGCACAUUCACCAAAGGGACUUUCUCCGACAAAAAGUGAAAGGACUGUUGCUGACAAAGACAUAAAAGUUAUAAUCGGCUCAGAGUCCCUCUCUCCUCGUUUGUCAGAAGUAGAAGAAGUUACAAGCUCCAAAGAAGAGAUAGGCAAAUGUACAGAUUCUAGCUCAACAUUGAUUGAUAAAGAUGCUAUCAGGGAUGAGUUAUCUAUGGCUACUGAGCAAGGACAUUUAACUAAGUUAUCUGAAGUGCAUGAUACUAUUUUAGAGAAUGAGGAUCAGGCAUCUUUUGAGCACCAUGCCAUUAGUAGAGGACUGGAGCUUUCACUUCCUAGCCAAGACAGUGAAGGUCUUAGCCCAGUUGCAGAUGAAUCCUUAGCUAUAAGCCAUAAAGAUUCAUUAGAAGCAAGCCCAGUACUGGAAGAUAAUUCCUCCCGUAAAACACCCGAUUCCCUUGAGCCUAGUCCUACCAAAGAAUCCCCCUGCCGUGAUUCUCUUGAAAGCAGCCCUGUAGAACAGAAAACAAAGACUGGUUUCCCUCCAGGACCUGGUCCCACGCAGGCUGCCUUUGCCAAAGCAGAAAACUUCCCAGAGCUGACACCUGUGCGAUCUAGACUUUUACGUGACCCUGAUGGCAGUGCUGAAGACGACAGUUUAGAGCAAACCUCUCUUAUGGAAAGCUCAGGGAAAAGCCCUCUUUCACCCGAGACUCCCAGCUCCGAAGAAAUUAGCUAUGAAAUCACACCCAAGACAACAGAUUUGCAGAUGCUCUCAAACAUACCCAAGUCAGCUGUGAUUCCUGAAGUCAACGAAGAGCCGGAAGAUGACCCCGAAGGUGAGCCGACGAGGAGGUUCACACCAGAAGAAGAGAUGUUUAAAAUGGUGACUAAAGUUAAAAUGUUUGAUGAGCUGGAACAGGAAGCAAAGCAGAAGCGGGACUAUAGAAGGGACCCCAAGCAAGAAGAUGCUACUUCAGCUUCUGAUUUGGAAGCUGCGUCUGAACUUGAAUUUGCACCCUCAACGCCUGUAGAAGAUGAUGGAAUACCUACUGUGCACACUUCUGCAGCUGAAUCUAGAAAGACUUCUUCCUCUUCAGAAAGUGAGCCAGAAUUAACAAAGCUGAAAAAGGAAGCUGACUCUGGGCUGCUGAUGGAGCCUGUAAUUAGGGUGCAGCCUCCUUCAACUCAUCUAUGUCAUAGGGAUUCCAGUUCUAGUCCUGAAGAAACAGGGUUUCAGCCUAUUGAAUCCAAGGAGCAUGCAUUUGGUACUGAAGAGGAUAACACAGAAUCAGAUAAGCCAACAGAGGAAACCAAAAUGUCUGGUGAUACCUCUCUUGCCUCAGAUACUAGCAUCAUAGCACAGGCUAGCGAGUCCAAGUGCUACAGCACUGAUGAGAGUGACACUGCUAGCCCUAAUGGCCCCAUGAUGCAGCCUGAGGAGGCGUUCUACCAUUCUGUGGGUGAUGACGCCCCCCAAAUAGCUGAGUUAUAUGAAACCUCAGCGGCGUCACACAACCAGGAUGAUUCUGAGAAAGAUGGUGGAGCAUCUGAGGAGGUACCACACAGAGACAUGGUUGCUAUGGGAACCAGAGGGGGCUCCUGUACCCCUGGCUCCUCUCAUUGCUGUAUAUCCCCAAAUGAUGAAUUGGCAACUGCUGUUUCACCUGUUCCCUCCCCUUGGGGAAGUGAUUUGGCUGAAACUGACAACAUUGUUGAGAUGGCACAAAGGGAUUUUUGUAGUGUAGAGCACUCGGCAGACCAUUUACCUCAAACAACCCAAAAGGGUGACCUUGAAAGGAAUGCAGAUGAUAUUGAUGAAAGCAGUGCUCUGCCUAUAACAAGCCCUUAUGAAAAUGUCCCUUCACAGCACUUUUUUACUAGCACUGAAAUUAGUUCAGGAACUGGUUUAAGGAUGACAACAGAACAGUCAUCUGGGGUUCAUCAUUCUACUGAGGUAGAAACUACCUUCAAUGAGGAAAUUGCACUGACCAGUUCCCUUUGCACACCAGCAUCUGUAGGUUCUGAGGUUCAGACCUCAGAAGAUAUCUAUAUGGAGUUAGAAUCGAAACACGUGGACAUCUUUCAGAAACAAUCAACUUCAACACCAGAGGCCACAUCACUAGAUGAAGCUGCUCUACAAGAUAUCAGAGAUGAAGCUGAGAAAAUAAUCAACCAAGUGAUCAUAACCAGGACAGAUGUGGAUUCUGACAAGUGGAGUCAAAUACGUGAAGAUGAUGAUGCUUUUGAGGCUCGGGUGAAAGAGGAAGAACAAAGGAUAUUUGGCUUAAUAGUAGACAGGAGGUCACAAGGCACCACACCUGACACGACACCAGCCAGGACUCCUACAGAAGAAGGGACGCCUACCAGUGAACAAAACCCCUUUCUUUUCCAGGAAGGGAAAUUGUUUGAAAUGACGAGGAGUGGUGCCAUUGACAUGACCAAGAGGAAUUAUUCUGAUGAAAACUUACACUUUUUCCAAAUGGGAGAGCAGUCUCAGGAAGAUGUGUCCUUAUCUGAAGAAAUGAGAGAAGCUGAAGGCCUGGAAUCUCUCCAGCAGGAGCAAUCCCCAGUUCCAUUUGCAUCUUCUGAACUAGAUGAAGCAGAGAUGCCUAUAAAAGGCUCACUCACAUCUGUAUCAGAGGAUGAGGCCAGUGGUUUCUACACCACAAAAGGGGAUAUUAAAUCUAGAAUCCCUAUUAAAAUGGGCAUUUCAGCCUCUUCAAAGUCACCAAAGAAAGAAACUGCUGCUUCUGAUGAUGAUGACUUCUUCCUUAGAGCUGAUACUGAAGACAUGUUUGACAGCUCCCAGGUGCCUUGCCCUGUCUCUCCCGAGCAGACUGUGAUUGAUGUACAGUUAGAUUUUUCAACAGUCACUAGGUCGGUGUAUGCUGAGCAGGAAGAUGAUUCCCCAGACUCCUCACCAGAGGAGCAGAAAUCUGUGAUUGAAAUCCCUACCGCCAUCAUGGAAUGUGUGCCUUCUGAAAGCAAAUCCAAAAUUCCCAUUAGGACAACUCCCGCUGCAUCCCACUCAUUGCAACAAUCAGAGCUUGAGAGCCUUCCUUCAGAUAGCUUUGUUGAGGCCCUAGAGGAAUCGGAGGAUGACCCAUCCAAACCAAAGUCUAAGAUUCCAGUCAAAGCAGUUUUCCAAAGAGUUGAACAAGAGUGUUUGUAUACAGAGACAUCUGUCUGGAAGCCAGAGUCAGCUAAAGCUCCUGACAAAACAUGCAAGCUCCCUGCGAAACAAGACAUCAGGAGCAAAUCUGAAUCUGAUGAAAGUGCCUCCGUGGACUCAAAGGCUAAGCGUUCAGUCAAAGCUAGAAGCUAUGCUGAGGCCGAAGCAGAGACCAGAGAGAGGGUGGGUGAGAUGAAGCUUGAGGUAGAAUCAGACGAGCAGACGACUUCACGACCAAAGAUAUUUCCUUCGCGGUUGCCCGUUAAGAACAGAAGCGCCUCAGCUUCCCGCAGUGCUGUUAGUCCCACUAAAGAAAGUAAGGAAUAUUUUUUUGACCUUUACAAAAACUCCAUAGAGUUCUUUGAAGAGAUUAGCGAUGAAGCUUCCAAAUUAGUGGAUAGACUUACUCAGUCAGAGAAAGAACAAGAAUUAGUUUCAGAUGAUGAAAGUAGUAGCGCCCUAGAAGUUUCAGUUAUUGAAAAUGUGCCAUCCAUUGAGACCCAGCAGUCAGUUGCCGAGGACAUCUUUGACACCAGGCCCAUUUGGGAUGAGUCUAUUGAGACUCUGAUUGAGCGUAUUCCUGAUGAAAAUGUCCCUGACCAUGUUGAAGAUCAACAGGAUGAUCAAGAAAGGAUAGAGGAAAGACUCGCACAUAUCGCUGAUCACCUUGGAUUCAGCUGGACAGAGCUAGCAAGAGAACUGGAUUUCACAGAGGAACAAAUUCAUCAGAUCCGAAUUGAGAAUCCUAAUUCACUGCAGGACCAGAGUCACGCACUGCUGAAAUAUUGGCUGGAACGUGAUGGGAGACAUGCUACUGAUUCAAGCCUUACUGAGUGUCUUACAAAAAUAAAUCGCAUGGAUAUUGUUCAUCUCAUGGAGAACACUAUGGAAACAUCCCGAGACCAUAAUCGCACCUAUGCAGAAAUUGAACAGACAAUAGGACUGGAUCAUAGUGAAGGUUUUUCUGCACUCCGUGAAGAUCUGUACAGCACAAGAGAUAAGAAGGAGGAAGAGCAUUCUUUUUCUAAAGACAGUGAGCCAUCAGAUCACCCUCCCCUUGUCUCUGAGGAAGACAUUUCUGUGAGUUACUCACCCUUGCAUGACGGCACACCCAGAGGUGAGGCGGAACUAUCCAUUACAGAACUCCUACGACAAGCACACAAGGAGCGAGUAGAAGCUGAAUUCUCAGGGAAAUCUCAUGCGCUGCCAGAAGAUUCAUCUACUACACAAGAAUACUUUGUCACAACGUCUGGAGCAACACAGGCACCAAAAGGAGAAAAAGCAACAACAAGCAUUCCCAGUGAAAAGUCUGAGGGCUCCACUGCAGGCUCUGAGGAUCUUGAAAGGCCAUACCUCCAUACCCCAACAUCUAGUGAACGAACGGAUUCACCCAUUGUGCAAGAACCUGAAGACCACCAAGAAGAUCUUUAUCCAAGGAAAAAUAGCCUGGUGAUUGUGGAAUCAAUUGAUGAACACCCAGAAGAGUCAGAAAGAUAUGAAGAAGAGUUGCUGGAAAAGGAGCUAGCAGAGGAAUUAGGUGAGCUGGAGGCCAGCUCAGAUGAGGAAGAGAUGGUAACUACCAGGGUCGUUCGCCGCCGGGUGAUUAUUCAGUCGGAUGAUAUGCCUGAAAUGCCACCAGAAGCUGUAACAGAGGAGCAGUACACAGAUGAACAUGGCCAUAUUGUGGUGAAGAAGGUCACUAGAAAAAUCAUCAGGCGAUUCACUUUACCAGAUGGCACAGAAAAGGAAGAAGUUGUGAUGCAAGGAGAACCUCAGGAGCCUGUUAAGGUGGAAGAGGGAGAUGGAUAUUCCAAGGUCAUAAAGCGAGUUGUGCUGAAGAGUGACAGUGAGCAAUCAGAGGUGACCUUUUCUGAGCCAAGUGUACUGAGUGCCUCAGAAUUUCAGUCUGAACCAGUGGAAGGCCGCAAGGUCAGCAAAGUUGUGAAGACUACGGUUGUACAUGGGGAGCGAAUGGAGAAGCACCAUGGAGAUGCUAGCUUAGCAACUGAUCUUCCCUCAGCCAAAGAUGACUUUGAAGAGGCCCUGAACUAUGCAGGUAACAAAAUGAAAAUUGAAGUCCCUCCUUUAGUAGAGAAAGAGGUCAUGAAAGAGGAUGGCUCAGUUAUUAAAAGGACAACAAUGAGUAAAGCCAGUACCCAGAAGAGGACUGUGGUUAAGGACCAGUAUGGAAACCGUAUUCAUGUGGAACUGCUGGAGGACACACCAGAAGCACUACCCCGGGAUGACCUUCAGCAUGACCUCCAGCAACUACUGAGACAUUUCUGCAAAGAUGAGUGGAAGAGAGAGGCCAAAUGAGAUGCUGCUAAAAUCUCACCCACAGACCAACACACAUAUCCAUUCAAUAUCCAGAAUUCACUUUCUUCUUUUGCUGUAGGUGACAUAACAUAAUCACUAGAGGACACUAACAUUUCAACUUGGCAUAUAGUGUAGGGUUGGUUUUCUUUUCUUUUCAAAUAUCUGUAAGAUAAUUUGUGACCAAAGAUAGCAUCCUUCAUUUGGGAUGGUUUGUCUACUAAAAGUCAUUGACUUUGUGCUAUACUGGAAACCUGUCAAGAUUGCCAUCUUUGUUGUUCCUUUGCUUCUGCAUCCGAUCAGUAAAAACAUAGCUUCUUCCACAGGCCUCUUCAAAUCACAAUGUAUGUGCAUAUUUUUUUUAAAAAAAAGGGAUGCUAACAUUAACAUGUAAAUAGCUAAAGUGCUUGGACUCACAAGACUGAAAGAAAGAAACACUGCCUUUCAUGACUACUUUUAGGAUCGAGAACUACACGGUCUGUUGAAACUGUUGAAGAGCGAUUAAUUACUCUUCCAUUGAAUAUACAACAUGGAUCUACUGAGAAGGAAGCAUGCCAGGCCUCCCAUGUUUAUAGGACUUCCAGUUUGGUGAUCUCCUUGACUUGAAAGUUUCUGAGAGUCAGGCCGAAACCUCAAACUCCAGCUGUUGCCAGCUGACUGCAGCCCCCCCCCUGCUUUAUGACUCCUGGGAAGCCACCUAAAGAUUUCCUGAAGAAAAAUAAAUACCCAGUUAGGUAUAACUUGCUAGCAGCUAUAUCUGUGGCACAUUUGCAUACUGUAUUCAAAUCUUUUAAGACUGGAACAAGAGGCAAAGUGCAUUACAAAAAAAAAAAGCUCUAAAUCCUGCAAUUUCCUGUUUCCAUCACUGCUUUAGCAAACCACACUGUCUUAUUGGUGGUUAUUCCUGCUGGCCACUGCACUGUAGAUAACUUGAUAAGGGGAAAAAAAUCCUUUCCCACUCUUGAGAAGGGUUACUCUAAAUUUAUCACAUUCUAUCAAGACUGUCUCUUAACCUGGCACAUGCAUGUGGCAUUGGAAAUACAAACUCAACUCUCUUGUAACCAUGUAACAGCUUAUCUCUCUCAGCACUGAGUGAGCGGAGCUUAACCUUCCAUUUGAGAUUGUUCUUCAGAGAUUUGCUUAUGGAGGGAUAUGAAUCCAUUGGGCAUUUGUUUUUUUGUCGUCGUUUUAUUUAUAUUUCUUAACCAACUUCCAGGAAUCAUCAUGUAAAUGUCUGCACUUUGAUUUUUCCAAGAAGGGCAUAUGCGACUCUGGAAUUAUUCUGUGGUCUGUACCUAAUUCUAAUAGUGGUCUGGAGCUCUGUUGCAUUUUAACAUAUAUAUGUAAUUAUAUAUAUUAUAUAUAUACAUAUAAAAUGAUAUACAUUUUGAAUCAGUUAUUUGAUAAAGACAAAGUAUAUUCAACAAGGAUGAGUCAAGUCCUUCAAGGUUGAUAUUUUUCAAAACCUAGCCAGAUUUUCCUUCUUGUAAAAAAAUAAUAAUAAUCGACUCAGUGCUCAGAAUACCGAAAAUAAAUGUUACAAAUGACACCUCCUCAUUUAACAAACCAUGUGGAGAGAAAGGAAAUGUUUUAGGGGGUUUGGCUGCCUGCUAAGAAAGCUACCCAAAGUGUCAUUCUAGCAUUUUUUUUUUUGGUUGGCAAGCACUUGUGACUGCCAAAAUGGAAGGAGACCCAUUUCAGGACACACAAUAGCUCAUUUCUCAUUGUCAAGAACAUCACUGGUUGACCUUCAAGACUGGGGCUCUAAAAGAAACGCAUUUCUGUUGUGUACUUUGCGGUGCAGAUGGUGUUCUGUGUAACAGCAUAAUGGCUAUUCUCCUUUAUCGGUUUUGAUUUUUUGCUGUGUUAUCAGAGAACUUGAAUACUGUGAGAAGAAGUGAUUUUAAGUUGAUGAGUCAGCAUCUUGUUCCCAUGGUGAUAACACUAACUGAAUAUAUCUAUGAGGGCAUGUAUUAGUUAAAAAGAUUUUUAAAAAGACAAAACAAAACAACAACACUAACAAUACAUAGCUGCAACGUGUACAAUGGCUGAUUUAAUUAAAUAAAAAUGUACAAGUGUUAAAUGUA